AUGGAAGACAACUCGCUUCUCAAUGCUGGUUUCGAUCUCUCCAAAGCCCCCAGAGGACCGUGGAAUUCUCUGCCCAAGUACAACGAAUUCCAGAAAUGCGCUGCCAAGGGUCUAAUGCUCAUGAACGCCAUGACAGCUGGAAUCUCCGACGCGGGAAGCUUCUUCAAGCCGCCGGUUGAGUCAGCAGAGAGCAAGUUCACCUCGUCUCCUGGAUGGUGGGACUUGUAUCUAUCGGGGUACUACUUCUACGAUGCUAUGGAUAUAGAUCCAUGGUACGGAGAUCUCGAGCACAACUGGGGCAUAAGCAAUGCUCUGCAAGCGAACAACCUAUCGGAUAUGGUCGACUCCAAGGGCGGCAAAAUAAUGACCCGCUAUGUCGAACAUAAUAUCCCGAACGGCGAACACAGCGCGUAUGAGCAGUGUUACGUCAUGGGCGGGAAGCAAUUCACCUGCACGGGGGCAACCUGCAUCCUCGCCAUCAACCCUGAAGAAGGCGUCCUCAUAGCCCUCGAUCGAACGAGCCCAGUGCACCGCGUCAAAUGCCACGACAAUCUCAUCGACCCGCCUGUCCUCGCUCACACAUCCGACAUCAUGUUCGCCCUGUGGAAAGACUGCGCUAGGGCACGCGGCACCAGCAUUGAUAACUUACACUAUUUCCUCUCGGUCUGCAUCGACAACGACACCGCCUUACGCAUCAUCCGCGAAGUGGCCCCAAGCAAUCUGCCGUUCUAUCCAGGUGUUGUGUUCUCGACCAGGGAGGUAGAAGGACAGGCUCUCCUAGGGACACCGAAUGGGGUGGCGAUUGGGUAUCUUUUGUCUCAGCACAAAGCUGUUUUGGGAUUAAGGUAUGUGGAUACUGUGAGGGUCUUUAAGAGCGAGAGCCAUGAUCAACUUCCGUGUUGCAUGUUUCAUAUUGCUAAGGUUGAGGACGGUACAAGGAGGGAUGUUGUCGAAGCACAGAACAGAAGGGCAAGUAGUGGCUAUGGUAAGGAGUGA